GCACCCGGCGCGGCCAUGCUACCCUGGGGCCGGGCGCUGCGGGCCGCGGGGCUCCUCCGCUCGGCCGGGGCCGCUGCCGCUGCCCAGUGCGGGGCUGCCCGCCGGGAGCGCUGCGGGCCGGGGCCGGGGAAGCGGCGUGGGACCAAGCUGCCCGCGGGGCCCGACCUGCGGCACUUCCUGAGGGGAGCCGCCAAGCGGGAGCCGCCGCCGGAGCCGGAGCCGGGCCCUGUUCCCAGCAGCGGGAGAGUGUACCUGGAGACGUACGGCUGCCAGAUGAACGUCAAUGACACGGAGAUCGCCUGGGCCAUCCUGCAGAAGAGCGGCUACACCAGGACAAAGCAGCUGGAUGAGGCAGACGUGAUUCUCCUGGUCACCUGCUCCAUCAGGGAGAAGGCAGAGCAGGCCAUCUGGAACCGCCUGCGGCACCUCAGCGCACUGAAGGCCCGGCGGCAGCAGCAGGCUGGCUCCCCCCUGCGCAUCGGGAUCCUGGGAUGCAUGGCUGAGAGGCUUAAGGAGGAGAUUCUGCACAGAGAGAAGCUGGUGGACAUUGUGGCAGGCCCUGAUGCAUACCGUGACCUCCCCCGGCUGCUGGCUGUGGCAGAGUCUGGCCAACAAGCUGCCAAUGUCCUGCUGUCGCUAGAUGAGACCUAUGCAGACAUUCUGCCUGUCCAGACUAGUGCAGGUGGCACGACAGCGUUCGUAUCUAUCAUGCGGGGCUGUGACAACAUGUGCAGUUACUGCAUCGUGCCCUUCACCCGUGGCCGGGAAAGGAGCCGCCCCAUUGCGUCCAUCCUGCAGGAAGUGAGGAUGCUCUCGGAUCAGGGGGUGAAGGAAGUGACCCUCCUGGGUCAGAACGUCAACAGCUUCCGGGACAUGUCCGAGGUGCAGUUUCAGUCGGCGGCAGCCCCAGGCCUCAGCCGUGGCUUUAGCACAGUCUACAGAGCCAAGCCAGGAGGUUUGCGCUUCACGCAUCUCCUGGACCAGGUGUCCAGGAUUGAUCCAGAAAUGAGGAUCCGUUUCACCUCCCCACACCCCAAGGACUUCCCUGAUGAGGUCCUGCAGCUUAUCCAGGAGCGACACAAUAUCUGCAAACAGCUUCACCUCCCAGCCCAGAGCGGAAGCACACGAGUCCUGGAGGCCAUGCGACGGGGAUACACAAGAGAAGCAUAUUUGGAGCUUGUACACCACGUGCGUGACUCCAUUCCAGGGGUGAGCUUAAGCAGUGAUUUCAUCGCCGGCUUCUGUGGAGAGACAGAAGAAGAUCACCAGCAGACUGUGUCUUUGCUGCAGGACGUCCGCUACAACGUGGGCUUCCUGUUUGCCUACAGCAUGAGAGAGAAGACCCGGGCGUUUCACCGCCUGCAGGACGAUGUGCCCGCAGAGGUGAAGCAGCGGCGGCUGCAGGAGCUCAUCACUGUGUUUCGGGAGGAGGCUGCAAGGGCCAACGAGGCCAUGGUGGGCCAGUGUCAGCUGGUGCUGGUGGAGGGGCCCAGCAAGCGCUCUGCCUUGGAGCUGUGUGGCAGGAACGACGGCAACAUCAAGGUGAUCUUCCCCGAUGCCGAGGUGGAGGAUGCUGCCGGGUGCCAGGCUCCAGCCAGGGCCCAGCCAGGGGACUACGUGCUGGUGAAGGUAACCUCGGCCAGCUCCCAGACCCUGAGGGGGGUUCCACUCCGCCGCACAACCCUGUCCCGCUCCGCAGCGGGUCACUGAGCUGUCCCUGCUGCUGCUGGACAGAAGCAGCACGUCUCUCCAGGAGGAAAGGGGGAAGUUUGGUCAGGAGAUGGGGUAGAAUCAGGGACAUCUGUGUAUAUCGGAAUAUAUUAUGUGUGAAUAAUAAUAAUACAUAUAU